ACUAAUGGCCAGAAGAUUUAGGAGGUAGGAAUCUGCUCCUUGCCGUCCCGCUUCCAUUGUGCGCCUGAGCUUGAGAAAAUGCAAGCUGAGCCUCGACGAGCUCUUUUCUGUGCCGGUUCCUCUGGAAACUCAGCCCGGCCCUCCAGAUGGUGACUCAGGACAACCAGCCUGCAAGUUAUAUGCCCGCUAGUACUAGACCCACACACCCGUCACCGCUACAAAUCCCGUAGAGUUAGCGCUGGAAUUCACACACCUUCUGCAGCAAGAGCUCUUCAUUCCCAGGCCAACCGGCUCACCAAGAUAUAAAUCUUAAAAACGAAAGCCUGUAUUGUCACGGAGCUGCAUUUGUGUCAGCUCUGUGCAGUCAGCAGUGUGCCUACCACUAGCUGAGCUGUAGUUCAUGCUCACGCUGAUUAGAGAAAUAGCAUUAACAGCACUCUGCCUACGAGGAGUAUGUUCAAUAUCACUAUACAAUGCAGCCUUCAAUAUCCUCCUUUGGGACGUGUUUCAAAGUGUCACCCCAUUCCUGACCCUGACAGAUACCUCCAGGUCCUGGCCAGCAGCAGCUCAACUCACAUCUAUCUUCCCAGACACUCAGUAAACACCUUUGUGUCCUUUUUCUUUAGAGGAAGGGGUCUUGCUGAGCUCACCCUGAAAUAUAUCACCCUGGACAAAAGGGCUGAAAGGUUAAGGAGCUCCGGGGGGUAGUUCAGCAGAGAGCUGGGGGCCAGGCGCCUGCCAGAACCAAAGCUAUAAAGGCGAAGAGGGGCUAGGGACCGCAUCCGACACGGAUGCUGCAGGUCCUGCCUCACCUCCCACAAGCCCUGGGAUAAGAAGAAGAUGCUGGGGCUCCAGUCGUGGCCUUGCUCGCUUUUCCUCCUCUUAGUUCUGCUCUCUGCCAGCGUUCAGACCGUGUCCUUACCAGGACAGAGGCUACAGAUGCUCCUUUCCCAGUUGCUGCCCCUGGAGCCCGAGUCCACGCUGGCCGAAGAGGACACGAAGGAGGGGUCCAGCUUCGGCCCCCAGUUUCUCUCCUCCACCCUCCCCUUGCUCCCGUCUGGGGCUAAAGCUGCCCGUCCCUCUCUCUGGCGCAAGACCCUCGCCAGUCGCAAAUGGGCACUGCCUGGAGAUUGGGCCUGGAAGGCCGUGCCCAGGGGCUGCUUUGGGCUGAAACUGGACCGGAUCGGGACCUUCAGCGGUUUGGGGUGUUAGUCUCGGAGGGGGUCCGAGGGGAGAGGGCCAGCAGCGAGGGCUCAAACAAGCAGGCAGGGAAGAAGUAAGGGCAGACCUGAGAGCACGGAUAGCGGGGAGGACCGGGAGCGAGGGGAUGGGGCCAGCGGGGCAGGCUGCGGGACCACCACCCGCCUGCAGCCGGGGCAAAGGCUGGGACGCGGGACCACCGGCGCUUUACUGGGGUUGUGCUGGGGGGGCCCAGCCGGGGUGCGAGAGCAGGCAGGCAGCGCGCCGCUGGGCGGCUCACCAGCCCCGCUUCUCCGCAGCCGGAGAAGGAGACCCAGGCGCCCGCAGCACCGGCUUGGGAACCAGCGCGACGAGCCGGCGGCCGAAAACCCCGGAGCCCCUGCCCCGGAGGAGAGCGGCGGUGGCGGUACGAGGAGGAGCUGCCCGGCUCCACGGCUGCCCCUCGGCCGCAGGACCCCCUGCUCCGCCGGCAGCCCCCUCCCUCCCCUCCGUGCUUGAGGACUCGCUCGAUAAUUAAACAGAGCUGUAUUAA